AUUCUCUAUGGGGCCCAUUAAAUGAUAGGCUUCUCCAAAUUAACAGAUGUGGCUUUUUCCUGUUGUUUUCCAGGUAAACUUGUAAACUGACUGUUGAGUUCACAGCUGACCUGUACCUUCUGCAUUUCAUUAGAAGCACCUCAAACAGGUGGCAUUUUUCUGAAGUUGUUCAUUGAGACCUCCCUGUAUUCCUGCAAAACUAUAAAUACGUGAGGCCGCCGCGGGGCUGCUGCUGCCCAGCGCAGUACUCGGUGUCGCUCAGCACGAAUGCCGUGCGCCCGGGACCGCGCUGCUGCCGCCGGCCGCGGGAGUGAAUGACCACUGCUGCGACUUCCUUCCCAGCCUUCCUGAGCAGCCUCCCGCCUAGCCGGCUAGCUGUUUUGGUUGACCCCGUGGAUUCCUGCCUCUUUCUCCGCCGUGAACAUCAAUAUGUGUCAUGUCAUUGUCACCUGCCGCUCGAUGCUCUGGACCCUCCUGAGUAUUGUGGUGGCCUUUGCGGAGCUCAUUGCCUUCAUGAGCGCGGACUGGCUGAUUGGGAAAGCUAAGAGCCGCGGCAAUGCCGAGCCGGCCGGCGCGGGCGGGAGUCCCUCCGAGCCCUACCACCCAACUUUGGGCAUCUAUGCCCGCUGCAUCCGCAACCCCGGCGUGCAGCACUUCCCGCGGGACACGCUGUGCGGGCCCUACGCUGAGAGCUUCGGCGAGAUCGCCAGUGGCUUCUGGCAGGCCACUGCUAUUUUCCUGGCCGUGGGGAUCUUCAUUCUCUGCAUGGUGGCCUUGGUGUCAGUCUUCACCAUGUGUGUGCAAAGCAUCAUGAAGAAAAGCAUUUUCAACGUCUGCGGGCUCUUGCAAGGAAUCGCAGGCCUAUUCCUUAUCCUCGGUUUGAUACUCUACCCUGCUGGCUGGGGUUGCCAGAAAGCCAUAGACUACUGUGGACAUUAUGCAUCUGCCUACAAACCUGGAGACUGCUCCUUGGGCUGGGCCUUUUACACCGCCAUUGGUGGCACAGUCCUCACCUUCAUCUGUGCUGUCUUCUCCGCACAAGCAGAAAUUGCAACUUCCAGUGACAAAGUACAAGAAGAAAUUGAAGAGGGGAAGAACCUUAUCUGCCUCCUUUAGUUUGGAAGAGACACUAAUGCCAUUUUCUUUCUUGUGUAAUGUUGUGAAACAGUCCUCAUCCUUUGAAUCAUGUGGAGAACUAGCCUGUAUCUAUCAAAGCCACAUUCCACAGCCCCAGGCUUUAGCAGGACCAAUGAGGGGCAGUUACUGGACAGGAGGGCUGCAGUGCAAAUGACAAGGGAUGGAACAUGAAAAUAGUCUGAGAUCCUGACUGUAGUCAAGGAGUCCUGUCAGACUCCACCUCCCCCAGGGCUCCAUGAAGGAUAAUGAUUUGAAUCAUAAAGGCAUCUGAAUUUCUGAUAAAAUGGGAGACUGUUAGCCAACUUUGCAGGCUGUUUUUGAGGCACAUUUGUGCCUCAAAGCUGCACACCUGUGAGCAUCUGCCUCCACAUGCAGUCUAGGGUUGGUGUUUUGGUUUUCUGUGUAGUUCUUUCAAGGUGUCUCAAUUGAAGACUAAAAGGAAGUCUGCAAAUUUACUGGGGAUAGAAUGUGUGCUAAAGGACACAUCAAGACACUGUCUCUUGCUUAGCUGACCAAAGGAAUCAGCAAGGUCAGUGUGGAAACUUGCAGUAGAACUUAAUUUUAGGCUAAAUUCAGGGUAAGGUGGAUAAAAAGAACUGUCACUCUCUAAGAUUUUAGAAACUUUUGAAUAAAGAAAGAUUAAGGACCAGUACAAUCGUGAGACUAAAACUACAGAACCUUGCCAGUUGAAGACAAAUUUUUUCCUCUUCUCAGCAGACAGGCUAGGGCCCAGGCUGGUCCACUCUCUCCCUGUCCCCCAUCACAGUUUUCUCCCAGGAUUAGGAUUGUGCUUUGACUGCCAAAGGAAAACUUAACUCUGUUUCUACCUUCGGAGGACAGUGAUCUCCAAACUAGCUGUGGCUCAUUUAGAUGUUCACUGGGAGGGACCGCAAGAAUCUCAGCAUUUCAAGGAGACAUUUUCUGUUUGGUGACCCUUAAAGUUAGCAGCAAAAUGGCAUUUUGGGCAGAAAAAAGGGAGGUAGUCACAAGAGUUAAGUUUCUGUAGCCACUGGUGUUGAUCCUGAAAGCAAAUUGAAAUAACAUUAAAUUGCUGCAACCAAAGAGCUGCAUCAAAGACUUUGUCCCCAGGAAAACAGAGUAGAAAGUUAAUGCAAAAAACACAAACCAAACUAAACUCAUCACACCUGCCCACACUUGUUUACAAGAACAGUCAAGCACCACUAUUAAAAAGGAUUCAGGCUUUUCAUCUAGUUUCCUUAAAUUUCUAAUACAUUGAUUCAGGAAGAUUGUAAUCAGAAUGACCCAAGUAGCAAGAAAUGCUAGGGAACACUCCUUAGCACCUGAAGGAAGUGGGGUGGCCCUGCCAGAUUUGAGGAAAGAUUGAAAGUGUAGGUCUCUGUGGGUUUCUUAAUCUGCUUGCUUGAGGGUGGUUUUGAAAUUUUAAUAGUCACUAAGCCCCUUCUACUGGCAAGUUAUUGUGUAGUACAUCAGGUGUACAACCCUGACUUAGAUUUUACAGCCUUGCCCUGGUGAAUCAUGUUAAAGCCGUAUAUGAGUCUGGAACUAAGCCUUGUACAGAAUAAAUAAGUACUUUAUUUAUAUACAGAAUAGGACAACUAAAGUUUUAUUACAUUUUGUCCUUUGGCCUACACUAGAAACCAACUUAUCUAACAGAUGAAAGUCUAAGGAUCAGAGGAGUGAGGAAUAUAGAACCAGGUCUUAAUUUAUCAUUUUUAAACCAAAGUUCAAAGUAAGCAAGGUUUAAAUCCUAUCUUUUUCCCCCCCUCAGAGAAGUGUAAACAGAAAUCUUCCUAGCAACCUCAGUAAAGGCUCAGGAAACAUUAACCAUCUCUCCAGCCACAUGAAAACAGUCUAUGGGAGCCACUGGAGAAGGUGCCUGUCCCUGAUUGAAUUUACAGUGUUCUCACUAAGGCCCUCUGCCAGCAUGUGGGCAAUACUUAUCAUUAAAAGCAAUUCCAUCAUCAGGCAAAUUUUGAUAAAAACAAUUUUUUCUUAUCAUUUUUCUUUACAACAGAGAGAAUUUCCUAACACUAUUUUUUUUUUUAAAUCUCAGUCUCCUGCUUUAAAAAUCCUAACCCCAGGAGACCCCCUGAACAUGUCUAUCACAUGCUCUUUGACUAAGUGGCAGUGUACCCUUCAAUCAACCUGGUAAUAUUCAUAAGUGAAAAUGUGAUCUCUCAUAAAGUCACUUGACAGUGUUUAUUUGGUUAAUUUGAAUGUUAUAAAAGACCAAAAAUGGCACAUGCACAAACAAAACCCUAAGCCACUAAAAACUACCUGAACACUAACUUCCUACAGCAGAGCAGAGGCUGAAUUUUCUACCAGAGACAGAGAUAGUGGGUCUUCUAAAUCUUUAAUCCAUUAGACUGACUUUGGGAUGAAAGGACCAUCUAAAAUCGGGCUUUCUAUAUCAAAAGUCUUCUGCAUGGCUCUUUUAAAAAACCACUUGUUGACCCACUCAUGUUUUUCUAAUAAGUAGGACCAUUACUACUAAAAGGAAAGUAUAAUUUAUUUUGCCUGCAUUUGUGCUUAAAAGUUCUAUCGUGGGCUGGGCUUCUCAAUGAACUCUAAGGCAGAAGUAUUUGCCUUGGGGUUUGUGGAUUCUUUAAACCUGUGUGCUAAUUCAACAAUGUUACAUUAAUUGUGUAAGGGUUUUUGUAUAGUUUUCAAACAUCUGUGGUGUAAUGAUCUUUGUUAAACAUGUAUUCUGUAAAGUGCCAUAGUCUUUUUUAUGUGUAGCAUAUUUAAAAAGUAUAUAUAUAUAUAAAUAUAUUUUAUACAUACACAAGUUUGUGUGAAAGAUGUGCAAUAACAAAGGUGUAUGUAUGUUUUGUUUUUUUGGAAACUGGACAGGAGUCAAAACAGGGAUGUUUCUGUUUUGGCAAAGGAGAGUUACACAUUUUUGCCUUCAUGGCCAAGUCAUUAGCCCCUAACAAUUUUAAUGCUACACGAAUCUUAUGUGAAGAAAAGACUGGCAUGAAAUCAUUUUCUCCUGGGUCUAAAUUAAAAUAAUCACUAUAUUUAUAUGAAAGUGAAGCCAGCAAGCCAGGCCCAGUUAGUGCUAGUCUUUCAUGUGAAAUGUGAAGCUGCCAUAUUGCCUUUUCUGUUAGUGUGAUAACUAGUAGCUGGUACAUAAUCACUAAGGAUCUAUUUCUUAAUGUGCUUUUAUAGACCAUAUUAAUGCUAGACCACUAUUUAAAGGCUAAUCUCACACCUUCUUAGCCAUAAGAGUCUGGCUUAGAACAGACCUCUCUGUGCAAUAACACGUGGCCACUGGGAAUCCCUGGCCUACAUCUGUGUGUGGGUAGCAAUGACUCCCAAGGGCCAAAAGAGUUAAAGGGAUGACUGGGAUUUCUUCUGAGACUGUGGUGAAACUCCUUCCAAGGCUGAGGGGGUCCUUAGGUGCUUUGGAGGAACUUGGCACCACUUGAUAUUCAAUAGCCACUUGAGCCAAAUAUAAAAUUGUAUUUACAGCUGAUGGACUCAAUUUGAGCCUUCAAAUUUGUGGUUAUCCUACUAUAUUGUAAAGUAAUACUUUGUUUGUCUAGCAUUGAUUAGGUUCCUGUGCAUAUGUAUUUUCACAAUGUGCUCCCCUGCCCUCCUCAGAAUUGAAAUUAAAACAAGAUUUUGCAAACUCA